GCCCCUGCACCUCCUUCUUUCUCCACAGCUGCAUCUCAUACUCGCCCUCACCCUCACCCUCAGCAUCAGAUCAUCAUCACAGCCAUCAUGAGCAAGGACGACGAAUACGACUACCUCUUCAAAGUUGUCCUGAUCGGAGACUCUGGAGUCGGAAAGUCCAACCUGGUCUCGCGGUUUACAAGGAACGAGUUCAACCUGGAAUCAAAGUCGACCAUUGGAGUCGAGUUCACAACAAGAAGUAUCCAGGUUGAUGCAAAGACCAUCAAAGCACAAAUUUGGGACACUGCUGGACAGGAGCGUUACCGCGCUAUCACAUCUGCCUACUAUCGUGGCGCCGUUGGUGCAUUGCUGGUGUAUGAUAUCGCCAAGCACGCUACAUAUGAGAACGUGGGCCGCUGGCUCAAGGAACUCCGUGACCAUGCUGAUACCAACAUUGUGAUAAUGCUUGUCGGAAACAAGAGUGAUUUGCGACACCUACGUGCAGUUCCCACCGACGAAGCGAAGCAGUUUGCUGCCGAAAACGGACUGUCGUUCAUUGAGACGUCGGCGUUGGACUCUAGCAACGUCGAAUUAUCCUUCCAGCGCAUCCUAACUGAAAUUUAUCGCAUUGUCUCCAACAAGGCAUUGGAGAGCUCUGGAGAUGUGAUCCGCCCCACAGGAGGCGAGACGAUCAAUGUCACACCAACAGAUGGAGACGCCAAUGCCGCUGGAAGGUGCUGUUGAGGGACAUCGCAGGCAACGAAGGAUCGACUUGUGCAUACAACCCAAUGUCUUUGUCACAUCUUCUUUUAGUUACAUCCAUCCCAGUGCUACAAUACAGAUUAAAUAAAUAGUAG